AUGGCGCAGGCGACGUCAGAUGAUAUCGUCACCUUGUCUGAAUGGCUCUCUAGCAACGGCGGGAGGUUUCACCCCGACGUCUCGUUCCGCGCAGGACCAUCCGGGUAUUCAGUCAUAGCUGGACAGGACAUCCUUCCGGGUACAACCGUAGUGUCCUGUCCAUUCAAAUUGGCCAUAACACCGGAGGUAUCACGACAAGCGUUGAUAUCCGUCUUGACAUCGACGGAUCUCUCACCUCUCGACACUUGGUCCGAGAGGCAGCUCAUCUGUUCCUAUAUCUGCCUGCACUGGAUUCUGGGAGAAUCAAGUAACCGGGACGUAUUGAAGCACUGGCCGUAUCUGAACACGCUACCGAGUGCCGACAAGCUGCUCACCCCAUUGCACUUCACUGCCACUGAGAUCGAGGCUUUCCGAGGGAGCAAUCUCUACGGUGCAACUCACGACCGACAGCGCGACUGGCAGCAAGAAUGGCGCCAAUGCCAAGAGCUAUUUUCCGCUGCCAACUCACCCUGGGGGAGCGAGUUCACCUGGGAACGAUACCUCACUGCCGCGACGUAUCUGUCUUCACGCGCAUUCCCGUCUACCCUGCUGUCUCCCGAACCGUCUUUGGUACCCACAUCUACCUCACAUCCAAUACUCCUGCCUGGCGUGGACGCACUGAAUCACGCCCGAGCGCAUCCCGUCUCAUGGGUAGUGAGCGCCACCUCCCCAGUCUCUUACAGCGAGCUGAACGUUGGUCUCAGCGAGAAUUCCCAGAGCAUCUCGCUAGUGCUGCGAACGGGCACGCAGAGCGGCCACGAGCUGUUCAACAACUACGGCCCGAAGCCCAACGCCGAGCUUAUCCUCGGCUACGGCUUCUCCCUCCCGCACAACCCCGACGACACGAUCGUCCUCAAGAUCGGCGGCGCGGCACCUGGGUCAGGAUCCCAGCCGAAGUACGAAGUCGGCCGGGACGCGAGCGGCGCAGAGCUCGUGUGGGGCGCCAUCCUCGCCGCGAUCUGCGAGGACCCCGAAGAGGUGACGGUGGAGGACGAGCUGGACGCGGCGGAGAUGCUGGUCGAGAUGGCUGAGGACCUGCGGAAUCGCCUCCCGCAGCCGAGGGCGGCCGCGCAGGAUCUCCGGCCGGAGGUCGCGACGAUGCUUGAGCAUUACCUGGAGGGGCAGCGAGACAUAAUGCAUUCAUUGAUCGCAUUCGCUCGGGAUAAGCAGCGCCAGGCGAUUCAGCAAGCCCGGGAACAAGGACUACAGAUUGUCGACGAGGAGACCGAGGGGGAAGAGUGA